AAAUAGUGGUGAUGUCAUGUGGGCAAGAUGGCGGAAGGGGAGGAUGUGGGCUGGUGGCGGAGCUGGCUGCAGCAGAGUUACCAAGCAGUCAAAGAGAAGUCCUCCGAAGCCUUGGAGUUUAUGAAGCGGGACCUGACCGAGUUCUCUCAGGUGGUGCAGCAUGACACGGCCUGCACCAUCGCAGCCACGGCUAGUGUGGUCAAGGAGAAGCUGGCUGCUCGCCUGUAUAGCCUGCAGUCAGACCCAGCAACCUAUUGCAAUGAACCAGAUGGGCCCCCAGAAUUGUUUGACGCUUGGCUUUCCCAGUUCUGCUUAGAAGAGAAGAAGGGGCAGAUCUCAGAGCUCAUUGCAGGCAGCCCCUCCAUCCGGGCCCUUUACACCAAGAUGGUCCCAGCAGCUGUUUCCCAUUCAGAAUUCUGGCAUCGUUAUUUCUAUAAAGUCCAUCAACUAGAGCAGGAACAGGCCCGGAGAGAUGCCCUGAAGCAGCGGGCAGAACAGACCAUCUCAGAAGAGGCUGGCUGGGAGGAGGACGAAGAGGAGCUUGUGGGCAUUUCACCCACAUCUCCAAAAGAGGCAAAGGUCCCCGUGACCAGCACUUCCACAUCUCCUGAAGGAAGAACUGGACCCCAGAGCCCUUCUGAAGAGAAUCUAGUGACCCCUGUUGAGACUCCAGCAGAGGUGACUCCAUCAGAGAGCAGUGAAAGCAUCUCCCUCGUGACACAGAUAGCCAAGCCUGCCACCUCACCUGAGGCACCCAUGCUGCCCAGGGACCUCUCCCAGAAGCUGCAGGAGGCAUCUUUGGAGGAACAAGACCUGGCUGUGGAUGUGGGCGAGACGGGACCUCCUCCUCCAGCUCAUACCAAACCCCUGACCCCUGCUGGCCGCCCCAGUGGCUCAGAACCCAGGCCUCCAGCCAGAGUAGAGACUCUGAGGGAGGAGGUGCCUACAGACUUACGGGUGUUUGAGCUGAACUCUGACAGUGGGAAGUCCACACCCUCCAACAACGGAAAGAAAGGCUCAAGCACAGACAUCAGUGAGGACUGGGAGAAGGAUUUUGACUUGGACAUGACCGAAGAAGAGGUGCAGAUGGCUCUUUCCAAAGUGGAUGCCUCUGGUGAGCUGGAAGAUGCAGAAUGGGAAGACUGGGAAUGAGGAGCCUGAGCGAGCAGCACACUCACCCACAGCGCCUCUCACCUCCCUGGCUCACCUCAGCCUGGCCUGGAAGACACUGACUGAGAAUGUUCCCCCAAAUCGCCUCUAUCCACCAGAGUGUGAGGCACAGAUGCGCCUUGCUGGCUCUUUGGUACCUAGAGGGGACCUCUGCCCACACCUGGGAAGGGGCACUCUGCAUCCAACCAGGAACUUUGACUUGUGCCAAUCAUAGGAUGACCUAAAGGGGAGGAGACCUUACCCCUCUCACCAGAAGAGCCUGCAUUUUUCUGCUGAACACCCUGUGUACCUGGAAACUCCUGCUGGGCAGUCCCAA